AAGGGCUGCGGAGCCGGGGCUCCUGAACUCCAAGCGUGGCCGAUGAAGGCUCUAUUUGGGGACUGGAAGUUCAGGCUAAAAGAAUCCGUUUAUACCACCAGCACGGACCUCAGCCAUGUGGACCCCCAGCCGGAGGCAGCUCUGCCUGGCCUUCUUGCUGGUCUGUGUGCUCUCCACCGGCUCCUUCUUUUUCCAGCUGCGCGGAGGAAACUUCUUUGGAAGUGAGCUAACUCUCUCUAUCCUGUGUCCAGACUACCACCUGCUGAAGUCCCCAGUGGCCAUGGUGUGCCUGCCCCGCCCAUUGCAGACAUUCAAUGCCUCCCCUUCCUGCCCCAGACAAUCGUCCUCGCUUUCUGGGACUUGGACCAUCUCCCCAGCAGGCAGGUUCGGGAACCAGAUGGGGCAGUAUGCCACAUUGCUGGCCUUGGCUCAGCUCAACGGCCGCCCAGCUUUCAUUCAGCCUGAGAUGCAUGCCACCCUGGCCCCUGUGUUCCGCAUCUCCCUGCCCGUGCUGGACCCUGAGGUGGACAGCCUCACCCCCUGGCAGCAUUUAGCGCUCCAUGACUGGAUGUCAGAGGAGUACUCCCGCCUGCAGGACCCCUUUCUCAAGCUGUCCGGUUUCCCGUGCUCCUGGACCUUUUUCCACCAUCUCCGGGAACAGAUCCGCAAGGAGUUCACCCUGCACGACCACCUUCGGGAGGGUGCCCAGCACAUGCUGAGUGGGCUCCGGCUAGGCCCCUCAGGCCUCCGCCCUCACACUUUUGUGGGUGUCCAUGUGCGUCGCGGAGACUAUCUGGAGGUGAUGCCCAAUCGAUGGAAGGGUGUAGUGGGGGACCAGGCUUACCUCCAGCAAGCCAUGGACUGGUUCCGGGCCCGACACAAGGACCCCAUCUUUGUGGUCACCAGCAAUGGCAUGGAAUGGUGUGUGGAGAACAUCGACACGUCUCAUGGGGAUGUGGUCUUUGCUGGCAAUGGACGGGAGAGUACACCAGGGAGAGACUUCGCACUGCUCACACAGUGCAACCAUACCAUCAUGACUGUCGGCACCUUUGGCUUCUGGGCUGCUUACUUAGCUGGUGGAGACACUGUGUAUCUUGCCAACUUCACCCUGCCAGAUUCAGAGUUUCUGAAGAUCUUCAGGCCCAAGGCUGCCUUCCUGCCCGAGUGGGUGGGCAUUAACGCUGACCUGUCCCCACUUCAGGCUCCGGUUAACCCUUGGGAGUCAGACAGUCUUUUAAGAUUGGUCUGAACCUUCUAAAGUCAACCAUCCAUGUCUCUAGAGGUCCGUGGCUUUGGAAUGUGUCUGUGGUAGUCCAGGAGCUGGUGGGCACUCAUUUCUGGACACUGAGAUGAAGGGCUUUCUGGAAAUGCUGGAAUGUUCUCCUGAUGUUCCGCCAGAACAUCAUUGUCUGAUGGCUGAAGUCCAGGUUAGUCCUGUGAGACACAGUUCUCUCUCCACCCAGCUCAUCCUC